GAGAGGAGGCGGGCGCGGGGUGGGCAUGGCGGCGUGCGGCUCGCUGUGGCGGAGUGUGGCGUCCCCCGCGGGCCGGCACACGGCCUCCGUGAUCUUUCUGCACGGCUCAGGUGAUACAGGCCAAGGAGUAAGAGCAUGGAUAAAGCAAGUUUUGAGUCAGGAUCUGGCUUUCCAACAUAUAAAAGUCAUUUAUCCCACAGCUCCUGCCAGACCAUAUACACCUAUGAAAGGGGCCCUCUCCACUGUGUGGUUUGACAGAUAUAAGAUCUCAAAUGAUUGUCCGGAGCACAUUGAAACCAUUGAUUCAAUGUGUAAGUUGCUUACUGAGUUGAUUGAUGAGGAGAUUAAAAACGGCAUCCGAAAGGAUAGGAUACUCUUAGGUGGUUUUUCAAUGGGGGGUUGCAUGGCGAUGCAUCUAGCCUAUAGGUACCAUCAAGAUGUGGCUGGAGUCUUUGCUCUUUCCAGUUUUCUCAAUAAGACAUCUCUUGUUUACCAGGCUUUACACAAAAAUGAAAGUAUUCUUCCUGAGUUAUUUCAGUGCCAUGGAACUAUUGAUGAGUUAGUGCUCUACUCAUGGGGUGAAGAGACCAACAAAACAUUAAAAUCAUUGGGAGUAACAGCCUCAUUUCUCAGUUUUCCAAAUCUUUAUCAUGAAUUAAAGAAAGAUGAGCUGGAAGAACUGAGAAAUUGGAUCUUAAAAAAAUUGCCCGAGGAGAUAAUAAAAACAAAUAAAUGAAGAUACACUUUGCAUCAUCUUUUUUUUCUUUUUAAGGCCACAUUCAGUCGGACCAACUGAUAUUUCCUAGUUAUAAAUAUAACUGUAUAUGAACCCGGGUAUAUUCCCAGGGUCCAUACAUCCUGAUCAGCUUGAUGUUAAAUUAUUAAUUUUGUAUAUUUUUAUCAUCAAUACUGAAAACAUGGAAGACCCAAUAUUAUGUGGAAAAUGUUAACUGUAUUGAAAUGAUGUUUAAAAUAGCCCAACUUCAUGUUAAUAUGUAUCCCUUAAAUAUACUAGAUCCUUUUUGGUUCUGUGUUCUUAUAUUCUAGGAAAGGAGACCAACAGCCUGAGUUGGUGAAUAAAAGUUGCGUAGUGUAGCUAGAUGCUUUCAAGUAUGCACGAUCAGUUGGGAUAUACCCUAGGGCAGCAGUUCCCAAACUCUGACAGAUUGCGCACCACCAAUUCAAAAUGAUACAACUUUAAGUGCUACCAGAAAACUUUUCAGUUCAACCUUAAGUACCACCAGCAAAUACUUGUCAUAUAAAGUAAUUAUAAUAAAUCUGUUAAUGCGCACUGCUGACAGUUGUCUGCACCACCGCUGGUACGCUUACCACAGAUUAGGAACCGCUGCCCUAGGGUAAUGAAGGAAUUGGCUGAGGUAAUUUCGGUGCCAUUGGCUAUAUUUUCGUAGAACUGGAAAUCUGCUGAGGUGGAUAAUUGGAAAAGGGCCAAAUAUAGUACCCAUCUUUAAGAAAGGGAAGAAGGAGGAUCUGAGGAAUUGCAGACCUGUGAGUCUGACCUUGACAUUUGGAAAAAUAGAGCAGGGCCUCAAGAAAACUAUUUUGAAGCACCUAAAAGAGAACCUGUGGAAUACUGCAAAUCACCUGGAGAAAACUUGGAUCCCUGGUGAUCAGGAUCAGCCAGCAUGGAUUCAUCAAGAGCAAGUCAUGCCUGGCCAUCCUGUUCUCCUAUGAUGAGAAUCCUUUGGAUCUCUCUGUAAAAACAUAGUGGAUCUGGAGUUCUAUUUGGUCCCCUUUGAAGGGUCAAGGACCAGAUGUGAAGGUCAGAUCAGAUCUGAAUUUCAUCUUCUUAUAGAUGUAGCCUGGAUACAGGAUAUGUGAUCAUCUCUACUCGUUAAUCUUCCUCACAGCUAUGAAGAGCAAAGGGAGAGAGUAUUAUUUAAAGACCCAGCACCAAGGGUAAAAUGCAGUGGAGAAAAUGCUGAGCCUUCCAUUCCAGUUACAGGCCUUUAUCACCUGAGAUAGAGCUGUAACAUGGUUAGCUGGUAAAUAGUAGUAAAAUGUUAUCCUCUGUAUUAACAGUCACUGAAGCAGACAAGAUGCAAUUAGACAGCAGGUAAUAUAGGUUAUCUGCAGCCCUAGAGGUCGUCAUUUAACUACUGAACUUGAAAACUAUUUGAAAAAAUAGAAAUAAAAGAAUGGGAGUGAGUGACCUGUUCUAAUUCAUAAUACCUGAUAGAGUUUGGCCUUAUUUUGGUCAUGAACAUAAUUUACUGAGGAAAAGAAAAUUAGCUGAAAUUAGUCUUGAAUUCUCCUGGACUCAAUAAAUGUGCUUCUGUUCUACUUGGAAAC